AAUACCUGAAAACUCCUCACGAUCAAAUUAAUCCAGGCCCCAACCAAAGGUAAGUAAAUAAUAUAAUGGACAAAAUUGAGCAAUUAUACAAUUUAGGCAAGAAAAACAACCUAUCGGGUGACAACUUAGACGAAUGGGUAGACAAACGCUUGAGGGAAAUAGAAGAAAGAGAAGCAAGGAAAGCUGAUAGGGAAGCAGAAAAACAAAGGAAAACACUAGAGCUAGAACAAAAUAGAAUCGCAGCAGCAGAAAAGGCCAAAUUCGACUUCGAACUAGAGAAAGCCAGGAUAGGAGCGGCUAAGUUAGAACUUGAGGCCAAAAUAGAAUUAGCUAAAUUGGAAGCCAGCAAAAUUGAACAAGAAUCUAAAACAAAAUUAGAAUUAGCAAGACUAAAUGCGGAAGCGGAUAGGACAAGGCAAGUAGACGUAGAUGGGGGUAGGUCGCAGUGCAUCUUAAGUAAACUGCCGAAAUUUGACGACAAUAGUGAUAAUUUAGACUCGUAUAUCAGAAGAUUCGAAACGAUAGCUAGGUCUGCGAACGUCCCAGAGUCACAGUGGGGUACUCAGUUGUUAAUUUUAAUAGGUGGAAAGGGGUUAGAUGCAUGUCAGAGCUUGUCAGAAAAAGAGAUGAAGGAAUAUAAGACGCUAAAAUCAACACUUUUAGAGUACUACCAUUUAACAGAAAACGCAUAUAGGUUAAAAUUUCAUAGCCUUAGGCCCUCUGACACUGCCGACUUCAAAAUAUUCGCUAACGAAAUAAAGACGACGUUCGAAAAAUGGUUUGAGGCAUCGGGGCUAGAUCCUUCCUUUGAAUCCCUGGUGCAAUUCGUCAUGGUGGAUAAAGUCCUAAACUCGGUAGAUAAGGAUGUUUUCAGUUACCUACAAGAAAGAAAACCUAGAGAUCUAAAAACCGUCACCGAUUUAUGUCAGAAAUAUCAAGCAGCCCACCCUGACAAACCAAUGUCGGUCAACGCCACCCAAUUUACCCCCCUCAUGUUCACAACACAGGUAAAACAAAAGCCCACAUUUGAUGCAGGAUCGCCACCAUACCCCAGUAGAGGUAGAAGCCCGUAUAGAGGUAACCCAUUGGGGUCGGGAAACAACAGAUCGUCGUCUCUGCAAAGGUACCCACAAUGUUUUAAUUGUCAGCAGUUUGGUCAUACCCUAAAGUAUUGCCCGGCACUCGAGCAGGACGCUGUUCAGUGUUUCAAUUGCAACAGAUUUGGCCACAUGGCUAAAUAUUGUCGUAAGCCCCGCUAUGAUAGCCACAGAUACAAUACAAACCACACGAAUCAUGCAAACAAUGCCUGACACGCGUUCGUGUUAAACAGCAGCCCUAUUACAACAUUGGGCACAAUUAAAUGUAGAGUAGGAGGUAAAACAGUCAGUACACUUAGAGACACAGGAGCGAACAUUUGUGGUAUUAGAAACAAAUAUGUAAAACCCAACCAGUUCACAGGAGAAAUGUUAGAUGUAGAGUGUUUUGGUGGGAUUACCCACAAAUGGCCGGUUGCUUUUAUCGACAUAGAAACACCUUAUUAUUCGGGCAAAGUCUUAGCCGUAGUCUUCAAAGAAGGUCCAUAUGACCUGAUUCUGGGAAAUGUGAAAGGUAUACAAAGUCCAUCUGAUGAUCAAAUCUCCGAGUGGUUAACCGCUAACCAAAUCAAUAUAGCGCAAACCAGAUCACGGGUAACUAAAGAAAGCACGCUGGAAAAGCAGGCCGUUGUCGCUAACGAUGGGUCGACGAUCCAACGUUCAGACCGCCCUACCGAGGUGUUAGAAAAGCACGACGAAAAGCACGACUCUAUGUGGGAUCCGACCGAAUUCCAAAGGGAACAAACCAAUGACCCGAGUCUUGUCAAAAUUUUUAAAUUAGCAAGUAAAAACUCCAAAACUACAUCCAAAACGACCGAACACUCAUUUGCCUUAAAGAACAAUACACUAAUCCGAAAAUUUAAAGACAGACAUAAAGAAUACACCCAGCUAGUAGCCCCGCUUAAAUACCGACCAGUCAUAUUGAGACAAGCUCAUGAUUUAUCUCUCGCUGGCCACAUGGGCAGGAGAAAAACAAAACAGCGGAUACAAACAUCGUUUUAUUGGCCAGGAAUGGACAAAGAUAUCUCUAAAUACAUACAGUCAUGUCCCCGCUGCAUGAACAAAGAAAGGACCCCACAGCCGGCGCCUUUACAAAAGACUGAUCUAGCAUGUAGACCCUUCGAAAAAGUUGCUGUAGAUAUCGUUGGCCCACUAAACCCUACAUCACACAGAGGAAACAGAUUUAUCCUAACUAUCGUUGAUUUAGCGACGAGGUGGCCUGAAGCCUACCCCCUGAAACACACUACCUCUGAAGAUAUUGCUAGCUGCCUACUUCAAUUCUUCUCCAGAACAGGCUUCCCUGACACCAUACUUUCUGAUAGAGGUCCUCAAUUCACAUCGGAGAUAACUCGUCAACUCUCUUGUUUGUUGGGUAUUAAGCAAAAUUUUACUUCCCCGUACCACCCUCAGAGCAAUGGUGUUUGUGAACGGCUAAAUGGAACGAUUAAAUCCAUGAUAAGCAAAAUCCCUAAAGAAGACUCGGGUAACUGGGACUUAUUUCUGCCCUGUUUACUUUUUGCCUAUAGAGAGCUACCACAUUCAGCCACCGGGUUCUCACCAUUUGAGUUAGUUUAUGGUGCAAAUCCUAGAGGACCCAUGCACAUUAUGAAGUCGAUGCUCCUUGAUGAAAAACUAACCCCUGACAUCAAAAACACAUACGAAAAAGUCGUUGAUCUACGUGAGCAAAUUAUUAGGUCUUGUGAAAUAGCGAGAACAUCAUUGGAAGAAGCAGGGGAACUCUAUAGACUUAGGAUAAAUAAGGGUAGGAACCUAAGGAAGUUUAGGGUGGGGGAUCAAGUUAGAGUGCUAUUGCCAUCCAAAGAGAAUAAGCUACAGCUCGCCUGGCGAGGUCCUUACACCAUCCUAAAACAAAUAUCUAAAGUCGAUUAUGAGAUAGAUAUUAAUGGAAAGUCCAAAAUUUUUCAUGUAAACAUUCUGAGUCCAUUCAACAUCAGACCCCCUGAUUUAGACGUGACUGAACCUACAGCUUCAAUUAGUUGCGCGAUGAUCCACGAAGACAAGGAUGAGGACGAAUGCGAAAUCCAAACACUGCCGUCGGAUAACGAAUCAUACAGAGAUGUAAAAUUAGGACCCACGACUCCGGAAAUUCAAAAUGAAAUUACCAAACUAUUGCUAGAGUACAAGGAUACCCUAUCUGCCACCCCUGGUAAGACCAGCUCUAUCGAGCAUGACAUUAAGCUAAUCUCAGACAAACCAAUCAAGCUACAACCUUAUAGUAUACCCCUACACUACAGAGAUAAGGUCCAGGAGGAAAUUAAUGAGCUCAUAAAUGCAGGUAUUAUAGAAACGUCAGAUUCGCCGUAUGCUGCGCCUAUAGUGCUGGCCAAAAAGAAGAAUGGGGAGAUAAGACUUUGCAUUGACUACAGACAGCUCAAUAAAAUUACCAUCCCCGAUGCUGAACCAAUGCCUAAUCAGGAAGAACUGUUUGCUAAAAUAUCCCAAGCGAAAAUUUUCUCCAAAUUUGAUCUAUCAAGAGGAUAUUGGCAAAUACCAAUAAAAGAGUCGGCCAAGAAAUCUACCGCAUUCAUCACACCUUUUGGUCUAUACCAUUGGAACUUCAUGAGUUUUGGUCUGAUCAAUGCCCCAGCCACAUUCAACAGACUGAUGAGGAAAGUUCUAAUUAAUAACCCUGACACGGUUGCAUACUUGGAUGACAUCUGUCUGUUUUCACAAAAUUGGACCGACCACAUCAAAGGGUUGAGGUCGCUACUAGAAUCUUUAAAAUCGCACGGGUUGACAGCUAGACCUAGUAAAAUUGAGAUAGGAAUGCAAGAAAUAACUUUUUUGGGCCAUGUCAUUAGCCACCAACUUGUUAAGCCUGUAGGGGAUACUGUACAACGAAUAUUAGACCUCCAAAUCCCUAAAACAAAAAAAGAUGUUAGGAGCCUACUAGGGCUAUGCAACUAUUACAGGAAAUUUAUCCCCAAUUUUGCUAGCCUACUUCACCCCAUCACAGAAUUAACAAAAACCAAAGGCACUGGUAUGGGUAAGGCUGUUCAUUGGACCAAAGAAUGUGACGACACCUUGAACUACAUCAAGGCGUGUUUCGCGCAACAGCCAAUCCUUAGACUUCCUGACAUCAACAAGCCGUUUACACUGACCACGGACGCAUCGUCUCGUGGUAUAGGGGCUUGUCUGAUGCAGGAAGUUGAAGGACAGCUCCAUCCGGUACUAUACAUAAGUAGAAAACUAUCUCCUGCAGAAAAAAAUUAUGCAGUUAUAGAAAAGGAAUGUUUGGCAAUUGUUUGGGCAGUAAAUAAGUUAUCAAAGUACUUGUUAGGAUCCCCCUUUACUUUAAUGACCGACCACUCACCCCUAGUUACGCUGGAUAGGAAAAAAUUAAGUAAUGCCAAAUUAACAAGGUGGUCGUUAAUACUGCAGGAUUUCGUUUUCAACAUAGUGUAUAUUCCCGGUGCGCAAAAUAAAAUAGCAGAUACGCUUUCCAGGUCGUGACGCGUCCAAGAGGUAGGUAGUAUUCGUCUCCCAUUGUGAACUGUAAGCCCCACAUGCUGAUGAUAACAAGCACGCAAACACUCCAAAUCAUGAUUGUUUUUCCACCCACCCCCUACCCCUGUAGCACUAAACUGUCCUUGUAAAGGAAAGGGUACAUGUCUCUAUGUUAUUCUAGUUUCCCACAUGUAUCCAUACCAACUAUUCACCAGUGUAUACACAAUUUGAAUUUUCAGCUGUACCCGUUGCUAUAGGUCGAGAGCGCAUGUCAGUGUCAAGAGUUGAAACUUAUAGCCCCGCGUGUGAGAGUCAGACAAUGGGUCCCAUCCAGUCCCAUCGUUGUUGGAAACUUGACCGUUGUUCUCGGCCAACCCCAAGCCAACGGGGCAAAUGUUUAUUUUUUUAUUUCAUUCUUUCCUUCUUUGUGUCUUAAUUGCCAUUGUAACUUUCCCCAUCUUCAUUGUAUUAGCUUGAUUUGUUCAAUUUUUUUUUUAUUAUUAUUGUUUUUUUUGUAUUGGUGUAUUACUUACCACUAUGCCAUUGUACCCCAAACUAUCUCUAUGAUAAUGUGAUUAAAUUAGUUGUCCUGUUAAAGGCCAAUGCCAUGGAGCUGAAUGUUAGAAUGUUAUUAUAUCAGUUGUAUUGUUGCAUGUGAUAGAGAGUGUGAUCAGUUUGUGAGCUGAAUGUUAUUGUAUCUGUCGUAUUGUUGCAUGUGAUAGAGAGUGUGAUCAGUUUGUGAUCAUCGCUGGCUUUGCCAGCUUGUCAGACGAAGGGGGAGAUGUUAUAACUGGGAUUAGCAUAGGAUAGAAAACUAGGAUAGAAUAUCGUUUAAAUCUUAAUAGUAUUUAUGGCCACACUACUAUAUUGUUUCAUUGUAGAUUAGAUAGAUCAUAAUAGCUGUAAUAGGAAUAACCCUUAGUGUAUUUGAUUGAACGUUCCCUUACUAGAUACAAGUCUGAAUAGCCUGUAGUUGUCCCAGUCGUAAAAAGUUCGAGUUAAUGUAUGCAUAGGUCAAGCGCCCGCCCCUCGCGGGACUGCUGGGGUUAGGCAGGGUUUGGGUUACCUUAGGGUGAAGUUGGGGCCGUGCGAAUGAAUUAAGUUAGUUGAAUGCUAGACUUGUUAUCGUGUGGAAGUGUGUGUCUUGUGCUCCGUGGCAGAACUCUGUGCUAGUUUAUUUCGUGUAUUAAAAGU